CCCUGCGGAGUGGGAGAAGAGACAAGUGGGGAGGAGGGCUGCCCAAAUUUAGUUUCAGGGACAAAGUUGGGUAAGGCACAGCUGUGUAAGUACAUGUGCGCCAACGAUCAUAUUUUCAGUGCAAGUAAUGGGGGAGAUGGAGUAUGUUACGGAAGCAAAGGAAGGGCACUCACCUGGAGAAAUUUACGUUGAAGUAAGGUCUGAGGGGGAAUCUGUCAGAUGUAGCUGCCCAGCAUAUGCAAGAAUGUCAGACAUACUACCUGUAUUUAUUUGCCUCUUGGAGAAAUGUCAAAUUGAGGGAAUGAAAAUCUGUACAGAUGUCUAAAGAAUUACAGAGAACAAAACCGGAACAAAGGCAAAAUCAUAAAUUCUCAACACUGAAGAUUAGUGGCCGUAAAACAAAAUCUCAGUUAACCUGUUGUUUCCACACCGUAAACUGAAGAGUUCUUCUUUUCCCACUGAUCUGCCAUCUCAUCUGUCAAAGAAAUCAGUUUAAGGGCUCUAAGUAAUCUAUUUAUCACUGUACCAAUCUCACAUUAUCUUAAUUAGUGUAGAGAAAUAACUGAGGACAUGGAAAGGAGACCUGACCCAUGAGCCCCCCCCCCCCGGCUAACCGGGGGCGUGCGAAUAAGCCAGAACUGCAAACAGUCCUGGAUGCUUUGGGCACUGAUCCAUGAAAUGUCCUCGGUAUAAUCAGAAUAAUGGGAACACAAGGAAAUGUCCUUGUGCUGCUUUUGAGCUCAAGGACGAAGCACAGCAUGUCUUCAAGAAAGCCCAUUGUUGCUUGUAUAAUCAGUGAAAGCAUAUGUAGCUGCUUUGGCAUUUCUGGAAUGUUAAGAAAACAAAUCUUAAGGUGUAAACAUAGAUAAUGCUUAAAUAAAAGUCACCACAGCAGGAUGAGACGGCGCUGUACUGCCUGAGCGAGCAGCAGCCCUCUACUGUUGUGUUUCUGCACAAUUCAUCUCGUGUGAUGAGCUUACUUUCAGCCCUGUCAUAAGAAACUACAACAUUUGGCGCCCGAACAGGGACCUGAAGGUAAGUCUCGAGGUCACGCGGGACCGAAGGGGAUUUUUGUACGCUAAAGAGUAAAGCGAAACCUUCGGGAAGAGUAGAGUCAUGGGGAAUUCUCCCUCAGUGGAAUGUCACUACAUUAGACUCCUGAAAUAGUUAUUACGGAGUUCUGGAGUGAAAGUGAAACAAGAAUCUUUUGAUGAAUUGUUUGCGGAGAUUCGUAAACAUUGUUACUGGUUUCAACCUACUGGUCAUAACCAGUUGAAUUUAAAAGUUUGGAAACAGGUUAUGCGAGCAUUAAGAAGAGCUCAUCAGUAUGGAGACCCUAUAUCUGUCCGUGUCUGGUCUCUCUGUAAUCUAAUUUCUCUUGCCCUGGAAUCAUUACAAUCUGAGACUGAAAGUGAAAAUGGGGCGCGCCCUCAGCGUCCGAAUUCUGCUCCCGAUCACUCUGCUACUUUUCGUACUCUGUCCCGUGAAUCUCCCAUAGAGGACCUUCCUCCGCCUCCUCCUCUUAUGUCUGAGACAGGAGAGGAUUUUUCGGGCUCCAGUGAUGAAUGGGCUCUUUCUGAUGAUGAUAAAGGUCGGGAGCAAGCUAGUAAACAAAAUGAGAUGCCACUUUCUCAACAGAAUGAGAUUUCUGAUAUACUUUCAAAGUUGAAAAAUUUGAUGGCUAAAUUGGAAGAAAAUAAAAACAAUGCUACCACCCCUUCAUAUCAGGAGCCAUGUCCUACUAUUCCUUCGGCUCCUCCUUUAGAAUUAGCAGCUUAUCCUGUUGGAGCCUCUCGUCAGUUUCGAUUUCCUCUAAAACCUGAAUGUAAUAAACUUUUAUUGGAAGAAGAGAUGAAUAAGGAAGAAAAACAAUAUUCUGAACCAUUUUUUGCUUUCCCUAUUGUUAGACAAGCUAUGCCUGCUAACGAUCAAUUCCCGAAUGGAUAUAUGAAUGUUGAGUAUAACCCUCAUGAUUUUAAAAUUUUAAAAAUGCUAAAAGAAGCCAUUAAUGCAUAUGGGAUGCAUUCUAAUUAUGUUCAAGGACUUUUGUCUGGGUAUGCUUCCAAAAACAUAUUAAUUCCUCAGGAUUGGGAGGCACUUGCCAGGACUGUUCUUGAACCUGGACAAUAUAUGCAGUUUAAGACUUGGUGGAAAGAAGAAGCUGAAAACAUGGCAAGGACUAAUGUGGCCCGUAAUCCUCCAGGGCCACUUUUAGAUGAAUUAAUAGGAGCAGGCGCAUUUAGUAAUGUACAAGCUCAAGCUGAAUUUGACGAUUUACGAAUCAUUCAAAUACGUAUGUGUUGUUUGCGAGCAUGGCUACGAGUGGAACCCCCUGGAAAAACAGCACAAUCUUUUACUAAGUUAAUGCAAGGGCCUGGUGAGCCUUACACAGAUUUCUUGUCUAGAUUGCGUGCAGCCAUUCAAAGAGCUAUAGCACAAAUAGACGUGCAAGAUUUAUUAUUACAAUCCUUGGCCUUUGAGAAUGCAAAUCCUGAAUGCUAGAAGGCAUUGCAGCCUUUACGAGCUGUAAACGCUCCACUUGAAGAGUAUAUAAAAGCUUGCCAUGAUAUUGGAUCUCCUACUUAUCAUGCCAAUUUACUUGCAGCUGCCAUAACUGGAGGGUUGAAAGAUAAUCGUACUAAAUGUUACAAUUGUGGAAAGUAUGGACAUAUGAGGCGAGAUUGUCGAAAAGGGCAAGGCCAAAUAUCAAAACAGGUUAAGAAUGAACAGCCACCUGGUAUGUCGCCGGUGUGGUAAAGGACAACACUGGACUAAUGAAUGCCGUUCCAAAAGGGAUAAGUUAGGAAAUCUUUUGCCUCCACGAGAUAAUGUCUCGGGAAACGGGAAGCUAGGUCCAACCCGGGGCCGCAACAACAAUACGGGAAAAGCGACGGUAAAUUCUCAACAGUAUCCUGUAAGCGAUGGCAGCUUUCAUCAGACACUACAGGACAAUCUCAACAUCGGCUCUUAGUUACUGAUCUCAUGCAUGCUACCAGCGGCAGUGCUGCCGUUGACUUAAUUGCUCCUCGAGAUUAUAUCCUUACGCCAGCAGGAGGAGUUCACAAAUUAGCUACAGGAGUUUAUGGGCCUAUACCUGCAGGAACCGUGGGACUAUUAUUAGGACGAAGUAGUUUGACUCUGCAGGGUGUAACAGUUCAUACUGGAGUUAUUGAUGAGGAUUAUAAUGGAGAAAUUUCUAUUAUGAUUUCUGUUACAAAACCUAUAGAAUUUAAUAAAGGACAAAGAAUUGCUCAAUUGUUACUGUUACCAUAUAUAAAACAAGCAGCCGCCCCGGUAAAGCGUACUGGGGGGUUCGGCAGCACGGGAAAAAAUGUUUUUUGGCAAUCCUUUAUCGAUGAUCAACGUCCCCAAUUAACGAUUACCUUUAAUAAUAAUGUGAAAUGUAUGGGCCUUGUUGAUACGGGAGCCGAUGUGUCUAUAAUAAAACAGUCUGAAUGGCCUUCACUUUAGCUUCAUAGAAAUUCUGGGUUUUGAGAGGACAAGUACCCUUCACCUCAUUCUUUUUAAAUUAUUCUUGCACUUUUGUUCUUUCAUAUAAAUUUUAGAAUUGUCUUGUCAGGCUCCUUAAAAAAGUCCUGUGGGCAUUUGAUUGGAAUUUUAUUGAAACUAUAUUUUCAAUAAUAUAUCUAAAGAUUCUUUGAGGUUUUCUUUUUUUAACUUUUUAUUUUAUAUUGGAGUACAGUUGAUUAACAAUGUUGUGUUAGUUGCAGGUGUAUAACAAAG